CGGUCGGAAACCAAGAACAGCAACAAGGUUUAACCCCUUAGGUGUCACGAGCUGUUUAGGUAGGUACAAUACCUAGGAAGGUAGUUUCUAGCAAAAUAAUAGACGUCGAGUAGGUAUCAAAUAUGAACCGGAACUUCCGUUUCUGUUAGGGUUUACAAGGAUGGUCAUCACGACCGAGUCGCGAACGUCGCCUACUUCUUUGUCGCGAGAAACGUACUAUCCAUUUACAUAGUCGAAAUGUUUUAACAUAUCUAGUUCGUUGACCGAACAAUAAUUUCUUAAUUUCUUACUCUUAUUUUCUCUCUUUUUUCCGUCUCUUAUCUUCUGUUAAUAUAACUACUUCAAAUACGCCUUAGACGUCAUAGUUACUAUUCAAGUAACCAGCAGGAAGACUCAAUACCUCGUUUGCCCGUCUCUACCUUCGACAUUCAUUACAAUCUUCCGUAUUUGGUGGCCAUAGUGCUGCCAUUGAAAUCGGGCUGGCAGCGUGGAUCGUGGAUCGUGGAUCGUGGAUUAUACCGGUAUCUGCUUGACUUCUUUGACUGUAAUAGUAUACUCGGAUUCGUUUUAAUUAUAUCCACGGCGACUCUAUCAAAAACGACAAUACACAUGGUCAAACCGAAAGCCAGAACAACAGUAUUCCUUUUCCCCUUCUCCUAACCCUUUUCCCUCUCAUCAACCUCCAAUCUUCUCAUUACGAUGCCGUCCAUAAUAGAGGAUGCUAGCCCUCGCACCAACUUCACCAUCGUCGCAGACGCGUUGCCCAGUCAAGUCUUAGAUGGUAGCCGCCUAAGCUAUUAUGUAGCUAUCAGUGCAGUAUUGUUCUGUAUAUGGUUAUUUCAAUCAGGCAAGCAGAAAUGCAGUGUCUCGGCACCUUUCUACCAGGCAUCCCGAUUAAAAUGGAUGUUUAAUGCCGAUACCUUGAUCAAGGAUAGCUAUUCCAAGUUCCGUGAUACUGUGUACCAGGUCAAAUCGACAGAGGGUAUGAGAACUAUCAUCCCGUCGUCACUGGUCGGCGAGCUCAAGGGUCUCCCAGAAGAUACUCUAAGCGCGAGGACGGCUGUUAAAGAGGCUAUGUUGAGCGAGUAUACCAACCUCUGCGCGGGAGCGCAUUCUGACACGCUGUCUCUGCUCUUGAAGUGCAAGAUGACUGGGCAGCUAGCAAGAAUGACGCCACAGCUCAAGGAAGAGCUCGAACACAUCAUCGCCAACGAGUUUCCCGAGUGUCAAGAAUGGACCCCCUUCAAGAUACAGCCUUUCAUGGUCCGAACGAUUGCUCGUCUAAGUGGGCGUGUCUUUGUUGGACCACUGCUGAACCGGUCAGAGGAAUGGAUGGAUGUGAGCAUCAACUUCGCCAUCACCGCCUUUAUCGCGGUUAUCAAGCUACAAUUCUUCCCGCCGUGGAUGCGCCCUGCAGCACAAUAUCUAGUUUCCGAGCUACGCACGAUCCGGAGAGACCUAGAGAGGGCACAGGCGAUGCUUACGCCUAUUAUUGAAGAGCGUAUCCGUGACGCAGAGACACCCGGAUACGAUAAGCCCGACGAUUUUGUCCAAUGGUUACAGGAUGCCUUGCCGGAGGACCAGAAGACAGACUUCUAUAUUCAGAGCAAGAUACAGCUACUGCUAAGUGCUGCGUCAAUUCACACGACGAGUAAUCUGACCACGGAUUGUAUUUACGACUUAGCUGUGCACCAAGACAUGCAGGAGAUACUUCGCGAAGAAGCGCGUGAAGUAUUAAACGACGAUGAGGCAUGGGAGAGGAAAGAUAGUAUGGGCAAGCUGAAGAAACUUGAUAGUUUUAUCAAGGAGUCUCAGCGACUGUCCGGGAACGUCACAUCCUUCAUCCGAAAAGUGAUGAAGCCAGUCGAUCUAUCCGACGGAACACACCUACCAUCGGGCACCAAUCUUCUCGCACCGAUGGCCGGCAUCGCCGUCGACCCGCGAUACUAUCCGGACCCCGAAGUCUUCGACGGGCUACGAUUCUGGAAACUCCGACAACAUCAACAUUCAUCAUCAUCCUCAUCCUCAUCUUUCUCUUCACCUGCAUCCUCUACCACUACCCUACCAACUUCAACAACAACAACAACAGACGAGCUCUCUGCGAACGCGAAUGGGCGGUGGCAGUUCACCAGCAUCGGCGACACAGCCAUGAACUUCGGGCUGGGAAAGCACGCGUGUCCGGGCCGCUUCUUCGCCGGCUGCGAGAUCAAGAUGGUCCUCGCGUACCUACUGCUGCAUUACGACAUCAAGCUACGGGACGGCGAGGGCCGGCCGGCACCCAACAUGUUUAUGAUGACUAAGAGUCCGAGCAUGACCGCCGAGGUUCUGUUUAGGAGGAGAACGACAAUUUAUUCAUGAUGACUUCGCUUAGAAAAAAAAAAGGAGAAGCGAUGUACACAGGCGGAAAUGUCUCGGGGCCAGGAGCUACCGGGAUUGCUAAUAAGUCCGACAUGUAUGAAGUCGGAUAUGGACGGAUGAUUUAGGAUAUGUAUUAAGGGGAAGGAACGGAACUUGCAUAUAAUACCCAAUCGUACAAAACAUGUAUAUACUAUAUACCCAAGUCCCGUAGCUUAGUUUAUGGGCUUUAGGAUUGCGACAUUGUCAUAGAAAGGCGUUCAAUGGGGCUUAUAUAUCGGACAGACCUCAAAAAUCUUGGCAGUAGAGCAAAUAGAACGUUCACUCGGAUUGAAAUCACUUAACAAAAAGAUGAAG